UCUUCCUUCUAUCCUUCUAUCACCUAUACACACCUUCAUUGUUUACCAUUAUCUCUAAUGGCUCUUCCCUUUGUUCGUAAACUCGCCAACCUCGAUCGAUACAGCCUCGCAAGAGCCAAUGCUGGGAUCUACUUUAAUGUCGUCGUUGGCACACGACUCCGACUGCAAUCAGACCCAAAUUCCUCGGCUACCGCGCCAUUAAAAAUACCAACAGAAACCGCCCAGUGGGUUGAGUUGUUGGCUGGGCCUUUGACUUGGUUAAUUCAGAAGCAUCCAACUUUGUCUGUGGUAGUAGGAGAUCAUCUCGGUGGUGAACCCAAGUUUUUACGCAUGCCUACGGUUGACAUUACUCGAAUCAUUCGGGUGACAUCCAUUCAGCAUCGGAACGACAUCACACAGGUCCUCGAGCGAGAGCAUUCGUUACCUUUUGAUUUGCUUGACACUCAAGUUCCGUUGUGGCGUAUAAUAGUGGUGCAUGUUCAGGCCGAUGAUACAUUUUUCUUGCUACAUGUUUACUUGCAUGUGAUUGGCGAUGGACGCUCUGGCAUGGGACUCACACAGCAGUUAGUUGAACGGCUGAAUCUUCAAGUACAAGAGCAAGCACAAACCCAAGUUAAGACACCAUUAUCAACUGUAGUGGUUGCACCCACUGCUCCAUUACCUCCACCUCUGGAGGAACGUGUCCGUUGUAGUCCAGGUGUGAUAACUUUGGCUAAGGCCUUCACGACAGGGCUUUUGCUCCCGGCAUCUGUCAAGAAGGCUAUCGAACCGAAAUACUGGGGUGGUGAAUGUGAUGCCACACUUGAAGGUCCUGUCAUUACCCAGAUGGCUAUCUGGUAUCUGACCAGAGAAGAAACUAAGCAAUUGAUACAAGUUGCAAAGACUCGCAAGACCACCGUUCAAUCUAUCCUUUACAGUGCAUCUUGUUUUGCGAUGAAGGCAGUUUAUCUAUCUCAUUUAGAAAACGAACAUGAACCAAAGACUAGUAAAGACAAGAUAGUGUUUGCAACCCCAGUCUCUCUUCGUCCACUCCUCUCCCCUCCAAUUUCUGCCGAAGUUCAAGGCAAUUUCGUCUCAGAGAUCAUGACCAAGGGUAUUCAUGUGAAAUUGGAUACAGAAUUCUGGGAUCUGACCAAUGCGUACCGCGAUCAGGUCGUCAAGGCUACAUCCACCAAAAAGGGUGUCCAGGAUCUUUUGGAACAUACAGGUCUAUUGGAGUAUCUUCCUAAUCAUCCAGGUGGAUGGGAAGAUUUUGUGCGUGAUUACACUGUCAAAGAGCUACAUGGUCGACUGGCAACUAUCAAACUAUCUAAUCUUGGCAAAGGAUGGGAUCAAUCCACCUCUGCACCAGCAUCGAUAUCUAAAGAAUCAUCAUCGCCAGAAUCCACUUCAGCCUCUUCUACAGUAGUGUACAAAAUUGAAGAUGCAGUAUUUUCACAGUCGAGCUGCAUUACCUGCUCUGCAGUCACGCUCAAUGCCGCCACAGCAAAUGGUGUUUUGUCCAUGACAUGCGUCUGGCAUAAACAGACUUUCAAGGACCGUGAGCAAGUAGAAUUGUUCAUGAAGGAAUUCAAGCGCAUGGUGCUGCAAGCCAUCGAACCAGAGAGAAAAGAAUAUCUCUUCCGAGACGCCCUUCUUUCUUCUGCUAUUACUUCUGCAGGCGCUAAUGCAUCAGCUUCCAGCGUUGAUAGUUGCAACAAGUAAAAAAAACUCUUUUCUUUCUUUUCCUAUAACUCUAAUUGUAAUCCCAUUAAUUUAGUUAACAGAUCUAUUCUUUUCGUGGAUGGAUAUCUAAUGCUGAUUUAUUUCAAUAAAGAAAAUUUCUGUAGAUUUUCAAAACGUAAAUCUUGGAAUCUUCACCUACCCAUCAACAUUUUAAGGCUGUUUUUAAGAGAAAAAUCUCAUUUUCUACCUUUACGUCUGUCUUACCAUUUAAUUCAAUGCCAUCGAAAACUUGACAGUAGAUAAAUAGAUCAGCUAGAUACACGCUCCUUGGUGGAGUCUCCUCUCCCUAGCAUUGUAUUCAUCACCAAGCUCAAAACCUUCAGUAACAUUACAUGCGCCA